CGCUUGUACUCUAAUCAGCCGGCAUUAAACAAUUGGAUUGGAUUGGGUUUUCUCUGCUAUAUUAGAAGAAGACGAGAUAAUGGAAGAGGUCACCGCCAGCACCUGCGACGAAGCAAUUGCACGCCUGCGGGAAUUCGGCUAUGCAUUCAAUGAUUCUGGGCAACUGCGCAAAAUAGAUGCAGCAAGCGGCGAGCCUGGUGAUCAGCCUUUCGAGUUCAACAUAAGCACGAAUAGACGCGAAAAUGAGGAGCACUACGAGAAGCUCGCUAAUCAGCUAAAAGAAAUCAUCUACGAACUCGUAGAAAAGCAAGGCCUGAAAAGAACCCAUAUACCAUUCGACGCACCUAUUGAUCGCUCCACAUUCGUCUUCACACAACCACAGCCGCUUUCAAAGUCGAAAAAGCUGCUCAUUCUUAUACACGGCAGUGGCUACGUACUCGCCGGCCAAUGGGCAAGAAGAUUGAUUAUAAAUAAUUCGCUGGAUCAUGGCACACAGCUGCCUUAUAUAAAACGCGCACAGAUGACGGGUUACGAAAUACUCGUGACGAACACCAACGACACCUUUCGCAUCAUAAACGGAAAGCGUAAGACUAUCAAGGAGGUGGACACCUCGAUGAAACAUGCGGCUUAUGUAUUUCAAAAUAUUAUUGUGCCCUCCAAUCCAGAAAGUGUGGCAAUAGUGGCACAUAGCUUUGGCGGCUCAAUAGCAAGUGCCAUGUCGCAAAUGUUUAUGGAUUUCUUCAAGGAAAAAGUAUUUGCUAUUGCCUUAACAGACGGAACCGUGGAUCAUCCGCCAGCCAACUGUAAGGAAUACUUUCUGGAGGUUACCCGCAAUUGGCUAUCAAGCAGAGAGCCGCUCGGUAAAGAUCUAACCAAUGGGGAUAAGGAACAUAAUAUUACCUGUGUAUCUGCUGGACAUCCAGAGCACGAGUGGACUUCCUACUCAGCUAUAGAUUCCGUCUUUAAUUUCAUUGACAAAAAGUACGAGGAGCGGAUGAAAGGCAGACAGUAAAAACUAGCCACUCAUUUCAUAUUUUGUCGGAUGCUGCGAAUAUUGUCAUUUUCGUAUAAUAUUUGGCACUGAUCCCUUUUCUCUAACAACCCACACAAACUAUCGAUUUGCAAUGCAUAAAUCAAACGGCCCAACGACAAACUCCCACAAAACCACUUCGAUAUGUCAAAAACACUCACAUCAAGGCCAUUUAAUUUGAUUUUCGGCACUUUGGCACAUUCCAAGUGAGUUAAUCAACUUGAUGGCUGAUGUAUCGUUCUCGAUAAAACAAAACAAAAGUGACUCACAUGUCUAGUCAACAAAAAAGCAGUAAAAAAAAGAAAAAAACGACCACAAACUAUACAGCAAACGUCCCCUUAAGUCGCUUGUUUGAUAAGAAUGGCAUUUGACUGCGUUGGGGUUGCUCAACAAAAACAACCUCGGCUUGUUUGGCUCCGGUGCCGUAUUUUCCCAACUCCCCAUAGACACAUAUACACAUGACUCAAGUGACCACAUCGUUUAACAAAGUCCACCAUAAAAAGAAGUGUCCCCUGUGCAUUUCUUCCCUGCUUAAUGAUUAGAAACCACGUUGCACACCCGUAUUUGAGCCACAUAUAAGCAUUUAUAAAAUAUUUGAAUGGUUCUUAAUAAAAUUCAAGCGUUGGCUUCUAUUUUCUUAUGUUUAUAAUUA